AUGAACAUAAAUAUGGAAUUGGUAAGAGAAUUAAAGCUGGAAAAUAUUCCAAUAGACUUGAUACUUGAUGCUACUUGUAACUCACCUCCUGGUAUAAAAAAUAAAUUAGGUUCAAGAAGAAAUGAUGAUAAUCUUGAUGAGGAUUUGGUGAAUCCAAAACUUAGAAUAUUGGCAGAAGGAGAGGUUUCAAGCAGUUACAACUAUAAAAAUCAAGUUGAGUUUAGUAUAAAUAAUAAUAAUGAUCAAAAUCAUAGUACUCUGGAAAAUAUAUCCGAAGUUAGUAAUUUAAAGGAAAAUAAGGGAAUAUUUGGAUCAAGAGUUAAUAGUGACCCUUUGAUUAAUAAUCAUGAAACAAACUCAAGUAUUUAUUCUGAAAUUAAAAAAACUAAAACAAAUUAUGAAUCAAGAAAGAAGAGAAAUAUUCCCAAAUUUCAUCUUCCAAUAAAAAGUUUGAAUAAUAUGAUUGAUGAGGAAGUAAUAUUAAAAGAAGAUAAAUCUUUAGAUAAUAUUGAUUUCAUUAAUAACAUGAAUUAUUCUUUAAAAUAUGAUUUUCCAAAUAAUAAUAAGAUAUUAAAUAAUAACUCAGAAAAUUAUCAAAUAAGUGAAAGAGAAGUUAAUAUAUCUAAGAAUGAUUUUGACUUUGAUCAUUUACCUAUUCAUUCAAACAAUUUAUCAAAUUAUUUAAAUAAUCAUUAUUCUAAUAAAGAUGAGAAUCAAUUUAAUAAGGAUAAUAUUUUUCAAGAAAGAUUAUUAAAAAGUUCUACACCUUCUGAAACUGCAAAUAAUGGAAAUAUAUCUCAAAAGAAUUCAAAUAACCAAUCAGAUUCUGCUUUUGAACAUUAUAAAUCCCAUUAUGGUACUAUUACUAGUAAGGAUAAAUACUUAAAACAUGAAUCUAUGUCAAAUUCUAGUAUAAGUUCUAGAUCAGAUUUUGAAUUAAACCAAAGAAUUACGUCAGUAUCUGAAACAAACUCUAAAUUUGGUACAGAACAUUGUCAGGAAUCUAUAUAUGAUUCAAAAAAUGAAUUAUACCAGGAUAAAAAGAAUUCUGAGUUAGUACCAGAAACUAAUUUAGCAUCUGUAGUUAAUGGUCCUAAAGUAUACCAAGAAGAAAAAGAAAAAGAAGACUUUAAAAAAGAGAAUAACUUAAGUAAUCACUUGAAUAAAUUGAUUCCAGUAUCAUUAUUAAAACAAGAAAAUAAUGAAAUAAAGUUGAAGGAAAUAAGUAAUAAAGAAAGAUAUUCACAGAUAUUUAAGGGUGAGGAAUUUACGGAUAUCUUUAAUAAGUGUUGGAAUGAUGCAGGAAAAGAGUUAGGAAAGAGAUAUGAAGACGAUUUAUACCAAAAUAAGAUAGAAGAUUUGGAUAAGGAUUCACAUUUGAAUCAUGUUCCCUUUCAAUCAGAUCUAAUCAUGAUAAAUUCCAAAAGAAAGAUUAAAACUACAAUACCAACAAAAGCAUUAAAUACUAAUAAAGUUUUCAACUUAAACAGUGACACUGAUAUGAUCAAUCCAAUGGGUUUAUUAAGAUAUGUUAAGGAACAUAAUCAAAAAGAUGAAGAAUUAUUUACAAAUAUGAGAUCAAUCAAGCAACAAAUAGAUGAUAGAGGAGAGAAUAUCUUAAUUGAAGAUAUGAGCACAAGAGCAUCAACAAUGAAUAAUUUGGCAAGUUUUGAAUAUAAUAAUAAUGUUACUCGUAAUAAUACUCGUUCAAAUAUAGUAAUUUCUAGUGAAUUAGUUUCUUCAAGUAACAAUAGUAAUGGUUCAUUGGAAGUUUAUAAUGGCAAUAUGGGGUCAAACUUAAGUUAUCAAUUCAAAGAAAGAGGGAGAAGUAAUCAAGAGGAUUUGGAAACAUACAUGGAUUCAGACUAUACAAAAAGUAGGAUUAGUAUCAACAAAAGAAGCCGUUCAAUUAAGGAUGACCACUCUUUACAGGAAAGAAGAAUAUUUGAAAGUAAGACAGACAAAAUAACAGAUUUAGAUCAAAUUAGUAAUCAAGAUUUUGAUGUGAAUUUGGACCUUGAAUCUGGGAAUAAGUAUGAACAUUACAUUCAAGAAUUCAAAAACAGUAAUGUUAAUAAUAGUGAUAAUAAUAAAAAUGAUAAUAAAAGUGGUUUUGAAGAUUUCUUUAAAAUAGAAAAGAAGAGUAGGGAUGAACAUAAGGAUAAAAAAGUUGUUAGAUUGUAUAAAAAUGAUCAACAAUUAUCAAUACAAAAGUUAAGAGAUAAUUUAAAGAGUAUUGAAACAAGAAGAUUUGGAAAUAUUUCCAAUAAUUUACUAUCAGAGGAAAACAUACAUAAAACUAUAUAUGAGGAAUUUAAAGAUGUUAGGAACAAGUUUCCAAAAAAGGAAUUUAUUGUGGAAAUGGUUGAUGAAAAUAAAUAUGAUUAUGGAUUUAGUUUGGAAGUAAAUCAAACAGAGAAAGUCACUGAUGUAGAGAUGAAAAUAAAAGAAUUCCAUGCUCCUUUAAUUUCAUCUUUAGAUUUCAAUGGAAGAGAAGAGAAUUCCAGUAGGAAUCACUUGAUUGACAUUCCAAAUUCCAGGUUUGAGGAAAUUGAGAAUGAUAUUGAGGUAGAAGAUGUUCAAAAGGAUGAAAGGAAUACCCAGGGGAAGCAGGAAUCUGAGCAGGAGAAUGAGCAGGAGAGUGAACAGAAUGAACAGGAGAAUGAACAGGAGAAUGAACAUGAAAAAAAAGAAAAUGAAAGUGAAAAUGAUCUUAAUAGUGAAUAUGAAAGAACUUCCUCGGAAAAUAGGGGUCAUUUUAGUACCAGUACAAGAUAUUAUAACAGUUUGGGACUAACUGAGGAUUUUAUGUUAGUUUUUAAGAAUUUCAGUUUAGCAAGAAUAUUAUCUAGUUUCUUUGGGUUUAAGGUUAAAGGUGUGAUGAAUACAGGAUUAGUGGAAAAAAUGAAAGUGGAAGAGGAAAAUAAGAAUCGUCAAAGGAAUUGGAAAGAGACAAUCAUGAGUUAUGAGAAAUUAGGAGUAAUCGUGGAGAAAAGAAAUUUAAUAUUAAUUUUUGUUAUUUCAGCUAACAUUAUAUUAAUUUCAUUGGCAAAUAUAAUCAUUCCAAUAGUUUAUAGUAUUAAAAAUGCAUUGUUCCCAAUAUUAACUGUAAAUGCAAUAAUUAAUUUUCUUAUAUUUUACUUAAUUAAUGGUACUUUAAUUUAUGUAUUUACCAAUAAGAUUAAAAAAUUCAAUAAUUCAAUUUUAAAUGACUACUUUUUACUUUUACAAAGAAUUAAUCAAAUAAGAAAAGAGAGGAGAAAGUUGGAAUACGAGGAAGAGCAAGAUGAAGAUGAAGACGAAGAAGAUGAAUAUGAAAAAGACGAAGAAGAAAAAAGGGAUAAACAAGAAGAAGAAGAACUAUUAGUAGUAGUAGAAGAUGAAAAAGAAUUGGUGGAAGAAGAAGUGGAGGAAGACAUUAUGGAGCAUAUUUACACUCAAUUAAUGUAUGAUUAUAUUCAAAUAAUGGAAGAUUUGAAUAUCGAGAGUACUGAUAAAUAUAGAAGAUCAAUUUGGAUAUUAUUUAUUGUAGGGAUAAUGCAAAUGGGUUUGUCAUUAUUUUUAGAUACAUUUGUAAUUAACCACUACAACUUUAAUGGAAUAUUAGUUAAUAUUUUUAAUAUAGUAAAUUUGCUAAUAUCAGCAACAUUGAAUUUGGUAUAUAUAAAUAAAAGAAAUGGAAGAUGGGAUCUGAUGGAUAUAUUUAAUGAAAACUUACUUUUGAUUUUGGAUGGGGCUAUCCAAGAAAAACAAUUGAAAUUCUUGACAUAUUCUUCAAGUAUAAUGGAACAAAUCAUCUUUUGGAAUUUUAUCUUUAACACUAAGGAUGAUGGUAAUAUUAAUAUUAACUGGAGAAAUUUUAUUUCGAAUAUAUCAACAUUAGAGAUGGAACAACAAAAAUUACAUAAUAUUAAAAAUAUUAAAAAUAUGAAUAUAAAUGUAUUAUGUAGAAUACAUUUAGAAUUAAGUACAAUAUUAAAAUCAACAAAUUCUAUUAAUAAUAGCACUAAUGAAUUAUGGCCGUUCUUUUAUUUACAUUAUAACCAUACUCAGAAGAAAUUAAUAAUAUCUAGCCAUAACUCAAUUUUAUAUAGGCAAGAGAAUAAACUUAAUAGAAAAGAAAAUAUGAAUGGUAACUACUUAAUGUCAAUUCCUACAAAUUUAAUUUCCAUUGAAUCUAUUCAAUCUACAGUAUUUCCAUGGAUUCUUGUCUAUUAUAAUAACAAAAAUCAAAAUAUCACAAAUGUAAUUAAUAACUUAAUAAAACUUAAUAUUAUUAAAAGUUCCCAAACAUCAUCUCAAACUUCUUCUCCUCCUGAUUUAAACGUGAAUAAAGUUAUAAAAAAAGGUCAAGAUAAAAACUUUAAUAAUAUUACUAGUGAAUAUAAUAAUAUGGAUUUUAAGAAUCAAAUUAAAGAAUAUAUCAUAAUACUAGAAAAUUUACUAUUUUCAUCAGAAAACGACAGUUUUACACUGAAUUCACUAAUCCAACCUGCAGAAAUUAAUAAGAAAAACCAAAAAGCUAGUUUUCAAAUAUCAAAAGAAUUUGAAAACAAAUUAAGUCAUAUUUUUAAUAAUUAUAAUUUUAUAUCAUUUUGUAAUAAUACUGUGUCAAAUAAUAAUGAUAAUAAUAAUAAUAUAGGCGGCAAAGUUAUAUCAAAAGAGUCCAAAUUUUCGCGCCCAAGCGGGAAUAAAAUAUUAAAGUUAAAGGAUGAUCCAAUAUAUAUAAUGAAUUGCACAAUACCAGCAGAAUAUUUCUUGAGUAUGAAUGUGGAUAUAGAUUGUAAAGAUUUGGUUACAAGAGAUAAAGUAGUGAAGUUACAGAUAGCAUGUUUUUCUUUUGCUGAUUUACUGAAUAUUUAUACAGUGAUAAGUAGUUAA